GAGUGACGUUUCAACGACGUCUCCGCCCCCGUGCCUGCUCUCUUUUCAGCUCUGCGUCCCCAUUACUGCUUACAGGCGCGCACGUCGCCGCAUCUUUUUUCAACCUCUUGCCCACCAUUGAAAGUUAAAACCACUUCUUCUCCUUCUCCAAAUUCAAAGUGUCUUCGGCGCAGCUCACAGCAGCUCCUGCCAUGGCAUCUUCUGAAGUCAGUGUGCACGUAGAGGAAGUGGUUGUCGUGACAACGCCUGACACUGCAGCCGAUGGCAGUGCCGGGGAGGAAGUAAAGACAGUGCUGGUAACAACUGAUUUAUCACAGCAGAGAAUGAAGACAGGAACUUGUUUCUUUGUAUGUGAAGGUUUAACCGAAGAGAGCAUGGAGGCUGAGACUGAAACCACAUUCACAGAAUCCACUCUUUUAGAGAAAGAAGCAGUAAUAGUAAAACUGUCAGAAGAAGUGGAGAAUCUGGAGCCUGAAGUUAUUUACCCCAUAACAUGCGGAGACAUCAGAGGAAACCUGAUCUGGAAGAAGUUUGUUUGUCCAGGGAUUAACAUCAAGUGUGUCCAGUAUAAUGAGCACGUGAUCAGCCCUAAAGAAUUUGUGCACUUAGCUGGGAAGUCCACACUGAAGGAUUGGAAGAGAGCAAUUCGCCUGAAUGGUAUCAUGCUAAGGAAAAUCAUGGAUUCUGGAGAACUGGAUUUCUAUCAGCAUACAAAGGUGUGCUCCAAUACCUGCCGCAGCACUAAAAUUGACCUUGUGGGAACCAGGGCCUCUUUUAGCAGCCAGCAGUCAACUGAGUUCAUUCCCAUUACCCCUGCGUCAGCAGACAGUAACUGCCUUUCAAACUUUCAAGCCCUCCUAAAUGGUUCGCCUGCUACUUUUACAGUGGAACCAUCAGACGACAGUGCUGAAUGGAUAACUACAAUUGGAGAGGACACUGUAACUUUCUGGCGUGGGCUGAAGGAUGCAGGGCUGUUGGAUGAAGUAAUCGAGGAGUUUCAGAAAGAGGUGAAGGAGAACCUGAAAGGGUUACAAGACAGGAUUCAACAGCCUCCCUUACAGAUUACUGAUGCUGCAUUGUUAAAUAAUAUUGUGCAAAACUUUGGAAUGUUGGACUUGGUAAAGAAGGUAUUAACAAGUCACAAGAGUCAGAUGGAUCGUUACAGAGAACAGUAUACUCGUAGCUUAGUAGCUUUGGAACAGCAGUGUGAUGAGCACCGCAAAAGAGCCAAAGAACUGAAAAGCAAAUCUCAGCACCUGAACAAUGUUCUGAUGACUCUGACUCCAGUCUCUACUACUCCCACUCCCAAACGACCACGGCUAACACGAGCCACGUCAGGACCUGCCUCUGUGGCGGCUCAUGUUUCAGCACAUCCAACCCAGAUUACACUGACUUCCGCUCUGCCAGUGACACAAUUAACAAACCUGCCUUUGGGGAAAGUGGUGUCUGCAGUCAGUAACGCCCCCCAACAGACCGCCACAUUCACUACCACCAACUCUCCUCUUCUGGGAGGCUAUACAGUGCUGGCUUCACCGGGCACAGCCAUUCCGAACGCAGUAGAGAUCCAGCCAGAUGCAUCAAACUUGACUGUCCUCAGCACUGCAGCCAUCCAGGAUGGCAGCACUAUUGUGAAAGUGAUGAGCCCUUUCCAGUUACUCACAUUGCCAGCUUUGGGAGCGACCCUGCAAAACAUGGCAGCUGCCGGAGGUACUUUAAUGGCUAUGCCGACAAGCACCAUUGAAACUCCAGUCACCCAGGCAGAGGAGUCUGCUGUGGUUGAAGUGAAGGACGCACAAGGAGAAAAGCAAUAGGACUGAAAGAAAAGGGGAUUGUUUCUGUUUUUUGAAAACCUUGAAUGCUCUGAAUUUGCAUGGAUUGGUGAGCUGAUUUUUGGCAAGAAGUCUGAAGCGUCUAUGUCAUGUUACAUAUUUUGAUGCUGAAAAUAUAAGCGUGUAGUCCUAAUUGUAUUGAUGCAUUGCAAAUUGUCUUUUUUUUUUUUUUUUUUGUAACGAAAUGCAAAUUCUUUAAACAUUGACCUUGUUGAGAUUGUGUGUGUAUAUUGCUACUUUUAGAAGAUAUUACCAAACCAUCAAUAAGUAAUUUGAUCUAUCCAAAGUCAUUUGUUUAUCCAUCAGUUUAACUGUAGAUCAAUUCUAAGUACCCUGGCAAAUUGCAACAUUUCAAAUGGAACGGUUCUCAUUAAUUACUCACUACAUUUACUGGCAAAGGUAUUCUGAAAACUCCCAAAUAAAUGCACUCUGUAUUCUGUUUGCUAAAACCAGAACACAAGGCUAAGCACAUACCCAGAGAUACUCAGAAUAUGAUAAAUUUGUUCCUAGCUAGAAUAAAUUGCAAUGCAGGAAUACUCUUUUGAGGUACUCAGAAAUGUAUUUCGCACUCAACAACUGUGUGAGUUUAUUAUUUCAUUGUGGUACAACAAACUUCUUAAUCUUUCAGACUUUUAUUUGUCAGUCCUAAAUAAUUGUAUGUACAGUGGUCAUUAUUCAGUUUAUUUAUUU